GCGCACACACACACGCACGAAUACACACACAUAUAACAAAAGAAGAUGAAGAUGCAAACUGCUCAUGUUCGCAGGUCAGAAUAUGCCUCCAUAAAGCAGGGAGCUUUUGUAAAGAUAUAUUUUCUCCUUCUGAUUAUUCCUGCGCUCAUUUACAUCAUCUACUUCAUUUUCCAAAAACAAACAAUCAUACCCCCUCCACGUCCUAAGUGCCCUGACUAUAAAAAUAAAACGACACCUGUCCAGCCAUGUGGUGUGCCAGUGCGAAAUGAUCCAAUCAUUAAAGUGAACAAUCAUAAAUCAUAUAUGGUCGGCUCCUAUAUAGAGCACCGCCAUGGAGCGAAAAUGAUACGUACAAUUGCUAUAGUGCUUCGCAGUGAGGACACACAAUAUCAAUGCUUGCUGUGCUGCAAUGGAAAAAGUGAAUCUGUACCAGCUACAUGCGAAAUUCAUUCUGACCACUUUGGAUUUGAAUACGGCAUGGCUGAUAUUACCUGCAGGUUACCUGUAACAUGUACAAAACCGACACACGUAACUAUCACUUCCCGACAAGUUAAAGAAAAUGGAUCUUCACAAGACGCUCACACCUUCCAACAUGUUAGGAAUCAAGAGAUACCUGAAAAAUUUCCUUACGAGUUUGCAGUCUGCAUUUCUGUCAUGUUUGAUUAUAACAAUGUCUUGGAGCUUGUGCAGGCCAUGGAGAUGUUUAAGAUACUCGGUGUACAAAAGGUAGCUAUUUACAAAACUAGCUGUGAUUCUAAUGUACAGAAAGUCCUGGAUUACUACGUCAAGCAAAAGUUUGUAGAACUUAUUCCUUGGAAUUUAUCACCAUACAUCAAUGCUUCUAGAGGCUGGCUGAAGUCAGUUUCAUCAGGAGAGCUGCACUAUUUUGGGCAAAUUCCGGCACUCAAUGACUGUGUGUAUCGGUACAUGUACCAGAGUCGCUAUGUAUCUCUGCAAGACUUGGAUGAACUUAUUUUGCCUAUGAAUGUAAAAACCUGGACAGAGCUCCUGCCUGAAUUGGAAAGGAAGUACAAAAAUAUAGGUGCCUUUGAAUUUGAGAAUAAUUAUUUUCCUCUUUCCAUCAAGGAUUCAAACUCUAAAUAUUCACCAGACUCCUGGAAUAAGGUCCCGGGAGUAAACAUUUUGGAACAUGUUUUUAGACUGGCCAAAACAAACAUAAAUAGGUAUGAAAACUUUAAAACUAUUGUUGAUCCUCGCUUCGUGGUUCAGGCAACAGUCCAUGGCCUUUUGAAAUACACGAAGGGUAUUGUCUGGGUGGACUCUAAGAUUGCCCGUAUGUAUCACAUGAGAAACAUUUCAAAUGAAAUUUUGAAAGAAAGCUCUCAAAUACGGGACACGCAUCUCAGGGACUAUGCAGACAGUCUGAUCCCAGCUGUUUCUAAAAUCCUUCAAGAAGCACUGGGCAUUAACUGAAGUACAUAACUAUUGACAUCAUUGAUAAGGCAGAAAAUACGCUUUAUUAGCAACAGAGCCAUAAAUAUUGUUUGGUAAAAAUAAAACAAGAAAAAAAGAAAAAUAUUUUACAUGGACAUUCCAUGAUACUGUUGAAAAUUGCAAAUAUAGUACAUUUAGUCCUUUUGAGAAUUGCAGUGAAACCUCAGAUUGCGAGUAAUGUGGUUUGCGAGUUUU